CUGAUCCGCUCCAGGGUUCGUGGGGCGGACGUGGCUAAGGCCGGGGUCCUGACCUUCCUGGACAGUCACUGUGAGGUCAACAAAGACUGGCUGCCUCCGCUGCUCCAGAGGAUCAAAGAGGUACAGUAACAGUACAGGCAGUGACACAUCCUACAUCUACAGUAACAGUACAGGCAGUGACACAUCCUACAUCUACAGUAACAGUACAGGCAGUGACACAUCCUACAUCUACAGUAACAGUACAGGCAGUGACACAUCCUACAUCUACAGUAACAGUACAGGCAGUGACACAUCCUACAUCUACACUAACAGUACAGGCAGUGACACAUCCUACAUCUACAGUAACAGUACAGGCAGUGACACAUCCUACAUCUACACUAACAGUACAGGCAGUGACACAUUUUACGUCUACAGUAACAGUACAGGCAGUGACACAUCCUACAUCUACAGUAACAGUACAGGCAAUGACACAUCCUACAUCUACAGUAACAGUACAGGCAGUGACACAUUCUACGUCUACAUUAACAGUACAUCCUACAUCUACUCUACACCUUCUGAUGGAUAACCCAGAAUAGAAAGAAAAUCCACCCCAUUCUCCUAUACCCUUUUGACAUCAUUCUCCCUGAACAAAAUAAAGCUUCUUGGGAUCUUGAGACACUAACUGCCACCCUCCAAUGAACUCCAAUGUGUAUUUCUCCUUUUGACACUAUACACUAUUUCUAUGUCUGCAGGAGUGCAGGAGACUUAAACACUCUCAGCUUGUUGAGAACUUGAAGGAAGAAAACCCUCACCCUACUCUCCUACACAUGCUUUCUCUUUUUGGCAUAUUUCUAUAUCUCCAGAAAUGAAUGAUAAACUCCCUCCUAGUUUGUGUUGAAGUGGAGCAUUGUGUGUUGUGAACUGUCAGUCUCAGCGACCACCACCAACACCACUCCAGAGCUCUUAGUGCUGAGAGCUCUUAGUGCUGCUGAUGGUAGAGUGGUGGGACUAUGGUGAACAUGGCAGCUUACCUUCUGCUGUUCCGCUGAUUGCCCCUAAUCUGGAUUAAGUGCAGCACUCCAUCCAUUUACACCAACAGCACUCUUCCCCCUCUCUCUCUCUCUUUCUCUCUCUCUCUCUCUCCUCUCUCUCCUCUCUCUCUCUCUCUCUCUCUCUCUCACACACACUCUCUCUCUCUCUCUCUCUCUCUCUCUCUCUCUCUCCUCUCUCUCUCUCUCUCUCUCUCUCUCUCUCUCUCUCUCUCUCUCUCUCUCUCUCUCUCUCUCUCUCUCUCUCUCUCACUCUCUCUCACUCUCUCUCGCUCUCAUCCCUCCAUCUCCCCAUCUCCCACAGGCUAAGACAGAGGGUUGACGGUUGACUCUCUCUUACCUUAAAAGUCUUAUGUGGACAUGCUGCUUUCUAAACAUUGAAAGAGGCCUAUGACUAAUGCUGGGGGGCUUACAUGUUAUAUUCAAUUAUAUGCUAACCUUAUUGCAUGUCUGACUUCAAAGUGCUGUCUGAAUCUUAAUGCCCUGGUGCAGUUGCUGAUGUCUGGCCUUAAGUUCUCAACAACUUGCCAACAUUAUUUUGGAUUUGGCACUGCGAGGCAUAACACAUCAAGUUAUACAAUAUACAGUAUGUGCUAAUACAGGAAGCUCUUGUCUACAAACAAUCAAUAUAUAAAAAGAAGCACGACUGAUUUUGUUCUGAGGGAGUCAUCCAUCACUGUCCUCAUAUAUACAUAUUUAUUUCUAAAUGUAUGACUUAUUGAUUUGUGGAUAUGCAGGCACAAAGACAGAUGUAUAAUAUUCAUGACACACCACACCGCUGUGAAGGACCAUUCCUCUCAGAGCCGCAUAAUGUCUGAGAAGAGAAGGAUAUUUGCAAUUGGUUGAAAGGGAUUUGAAAACUACAGUGGCUUGUGAAAGUAUUCACCCCCCUUGGCAUUUUUCCUAGUUUGUUGCCUUACAACCUGCAAUUAAAAUUGAUUUUUGGGGGGUUUGUAUCAUUUGAUUUACACAACAUGCCUACCACUUUGAAGAUGCAAAAUAUUUUUUAUUGUGAAACAAACAAGAAAUAAGACAAAAAAACUGAAAACUUGAGCGUGCAUAACUAUUCAGCCCCCCAAAAGUCAAUACUUUGUAGAGCCACCUUUUCCACCAAUUACAGCUGCAAGUCUCUUGGGGUAUGUCUCUAUAAGCUUGGCACAUCUAGCCACUGGGAUCUUUGCCCAUUCUUCAAGGCAAAACUGCUCCAGCUCCUUCAAGUUGGAUGGGUUCCACUGGUGUACAGCAAUCUUUAAGUCAUACCACAGAUUCUCAAUUUCAUUGAGGUCUGGGGUUUGACUAGGCCAUUCCAAGACAUUUAAAUGUUUCCCCUUAAACCACUUGAGUGUUGCUUUAGCAGUAUGCUUAGGGCCAUUGUCCUGCUCGAAGGUGAACCUCCGUCCCAGUCUCAAACAUCAAGAAUUUCCCUGUAUUUAGCGCCAUCCAUCAUUCCUUCAAUUCUGACCAGUUUCCCAGUCCCUGCCGAUGAAAAACAUCCCCACAGGGGAUGGUGUUCUCGGGGUGAUGAGAGGUGUUGGGUUUGCACCAGACACAGCGUUUUCCUUAAUUGCCAAAAAGCUCAAUUUUAGUCUCAUCUUCCAAAUGUUUGGGGAGUCUCCCACAUGCCUUUUGGUGAACACCAAACGUGUUUGCUUAUUUUUUCCUUUAAGCAAUGGCUUUUUUCUGGCCACUCUUCCGUAAAGCCCAGCUCUGUGGAGUGUACGGCUUAAAGUGGUCCUAUGGACAGAUACUGCAAUCUCUGCUCUGGAGCUUUGCAGCUCCUUCAUGGUUAUCUUUGGUCUCUUUGUUGCCUCUCUGAUUAAUGCCCUCCUUGCCUGGUCCGUGAGUAUUGGUGGGCGGCCCUCUCUUGGCAGGUUUGUUGUGGUGCCAUAUUCUUUCCAUUUUCUAAUAAUGGAUUUAAUGGUGCUCCGUGGGAUGUUCAAAGUUUCGGACAUUUUUUUAUAACCCAACCCUGAUCUGUACUUCUCCACAACUUUGUCCCUGACCUGUUUGGAGAGCUCCUUGGUCUUCAUGGUGCCGCUUGCUUGGUGGUGCCCCUUGCUUAGUGGUGUCGCAGACUCUGGGGCCUUUCAGAGCAGGUCAAUGAGAUCAUGUGACACUUAGAUUGCACACAGGUGGACUUUAUUUUACAUUUGUACAUACUAGUCAUUUAGCAGACGCUCUUAUCCAGAGCGACUUACAGUUAGUGCAUACAUUAAUUAUGUGACUUCUGAAGGUAAUUGGUUGCACCAGAUGUUAUUUAGGGGCUUCAUAGCAAAGGGGGUGAAUACGCACCACUUUUCCGUUAUUUAUUUUUUUGAAUUUUUUGAAACAAGUUAUUUUUUUCAUUUCACUUCACCAAUUUGGACUAUUUUGUGUAUGUCCAUUACAUGAAAUCCAAAUAAAAAUCCAGUUCAAUUACAGGUUGUAAUGCAACAAAAUAGGAAAAACGGCAAGGGGGAUGAAUACUUUUGCAAGGCACUGUAUGUAUUCUCGUGUCACAGGCAAAAAGGCAAAUCACCUUGACUAAACACCAUGGCAGAGAUCGAGAGAGUGAGUGAGAGAGAGAAUACAAGAGGGAAAGAGGGGGGGAAUAGAGAGAUUAUAGACAAAUAUUUUUGAAGAAGAGCAGAUGAGCGUGUGUGAGACAUGAGCUGAACGGGAUACUGAAGCUGAGGAGGCGAAUCAAAUGUCAGAUGUUAUGGUCAGACCGCCCAGGAUGCUGCCUGUCACUGUGUGUCUAUGUGUGUGUGUGUGUGUGUGUGUGUGUGUGUGUGUCUGUUUGUGUCUGUGUGUGUGUAUCAGCAGCUGAAGAUGAUUCUGUCGUGGGCUUUGACUGUGACUGGGCUUGUGUCUGCCUGUCAGCGCUGACUAGUUUGUGUGUGUGAAUGCUGAUUGGUGUGUGAGAGUGUGUGUAUGCAUGGGUGCGCACGUGUGUGUGAAGACUUUCACACACCGCCUGUUAACCUCCUCUUCCCUCUGUCUGAUCUGAUCAAAGACACUGAUCGAUGUACAAUACCUUACAUUAGCUGGGCAGCCUAGAGGGAAAGACAAUGAGCCUGAGACACUAUCACAUCGUUUAAGAAAUUCUAACGGCAGUUCAUAAGGAAAUCCAAUACAAUGUAUCACAUUUCCUAAAGGUAGACAUUCUAUCAUGUUAUUUCCUUAACCUCAAACUACUAGUAAAUGAGCUCCAGAGCAUUGACUGAAACAUCAUCCAAACUUCUGUGUGAUCUACUGUAUGAACAUAAUGCAUGUUUAAUCAGUACCCUGCAACACAUCAAUGCCCCUCAUUACACCCACACCUUUCUCAUUAACUUCAGCUGCUGAACUGUUAAUAAUGAAUAUUCAAUCAAAUCCCAUUGUUACUGUAUGUUUUGAACAUGGUCUCUGACUCCAGUCUCUCUCUUGUUUCCCCAGGACCCCACCUGUGUGGUGAGCCCAGUGAUCGACAUCAUUAACAUGGAUACAUUCGCCUACGUAGCAGCCUCCUCUGACCUCCGUGGAGGUAUGGAGCUAUAAGGGCUUGACCUCCCUAUCUUCAUUGCUCUCUCCACAUCUAUGUCCCUCCCUCUCUCUAUCCAUUUCUUUAUCUCUCCAGCCCUCUUUCCAACCCUCUCUAGUGCCUCCCUCUCUCCACUGACUUAUCCAUCUGUUCAUCCCUCACUCCUGACCCCAUCCCUCUCCUUCUCCAUUACCGCCCCCAGGCUACCAGGUCUCCAUUACCUGGCUAGAAGAGGCUACGCACACACACACAAACACGCAUGCACACACACACGCACACACACACACACACACACACACACACACACACACACACACACACACACACACACACACACACACACAGACACACACACACACAACACACACACAUACACACGGCCAGAUGAACAGCUCCAAUCAGUGUUCCCAGAGAACUGGAUACGACAAUUAAUGGGGAUGAUACUCCUAGGCCUCAGAUUGGACAUUUUAAUUAUUGAAGAAGCCAUCUGUCAUAACAUGAAAAAGAUGUGGUGUCAAUAGAGCCACAUCGAUCCACUGAGACCCGGCCCUGCCUGCCUGCAGACUGCUGCGCUAGCACUCCUGGGUCUGCCUGCCAAAUCCUCUCUCUCUCCCCUGCACACACAUACACACACACACACACACACAUACUGAGACGCGCACAGAAACACACAUAGGCACGCAUGCACUCGCAGACACACACACAUACACACGUCUAUGCUCACACACACAUGCAGACACAUCUACACACAGGUACAUACUUUAUUAAUUGAGAGAAAUAUGCAUUGGUCUUCUCAUGCAUAUAUUUGAAGACAUCAAGGGCACUGCGUCUGUCUCAGGAUAGGACGGGAUGGGCUGGGCUAUUAAAAAGCUCUUGUGUAAAGGUCAUUCCAAAGGGUCAGGCCAGAUCAGCCAUUAGCCAAUGGGCCAUAAUCAGCCAUAAUUAAUCAUUAGAGUAAUGAAAUAGGAGACGUUAGCAGGAAUGGUGGCUGUAAUUAUUGACAGUGUUCUGCCAGAGAUUAAUAAAGCGUGUGAUGAAGGAAGGAAGGAAGGAAGGGGGAUUCUGUGGAUGUGAGGCUGCUGCAGCAUUCUAUAAUCGACCCCGCCUUUACAGUUCACCCUCCUCCUCAACCCUCUCUUCCCAUUAUCCUUGUGUUAGUAGUCGUUUGGUCCCCUUCUCUCUGACCUGCACUGAUCUCCUCUGACUCGCCUUCCUUUCUUUUCUAAAAACAGUUUUCUUCCUCUCCCUCUUUCCAUAUUUCUCCUUCUUCUGAAUCUUCAUUCUGACAUGCAAUGCUCUCCUCCUGACCCUCCCCUGACUUACCCUCUCUCUCUCUCUUUCUCUCUCUCUCCCUCCCUCUCUCCUUCACCCUCCCUCAUUCCCAGUUCGUGUUGUGAUUAUCUCUCUCUCGCUCUCUGCCGCAGGCUUCGACUGGAGUCUACAUUUCAAGUGGGAGCAGUUGUCUGCUGAGCAGAAAGCCAGGAGAGCUGACCCCACCGAACCCAUUAAGUAAGUGAAAGGAAGCAUAAAGACGGAUAUUAGGGGACGGUCUGGUCUGGCUGCAGAUGAAAGGGGAGGGAUGGAGCGAUAGAGGAGGGAAGUAGGAGAGGAGGGGGUGCCCUGCAUGCCUGCCUGGCCAUCCGUCCAUCCAGUGACCGGCAGCAUGCAGCCAUGCUUUUACUUUUUCAUCUGAUGGAGCAGCAGUGGAAUGAAUUAUCUCCCUGAGGUCUUUCACUGCACUGUGAUCUAAACAGUCCAUCAGGGGAGAGAGAGGCAGAGACGGGCUAGAAAGCAGCACCUGGUAGAGGCAGUUAAACCAUUGAUCUCUGCAGAGAUAGCAGCAGCACGAUUAAUGAGAAAGCAGCCCAAAGGAGUUCAGAGAGGACACCGGACCACAGCCGAUUAAAGCACCUUUGCAUUAUUUCAUCCAAAGAGAUUUGAUCCUCUUUAAUCCUCCUGGCCCCAGGUGGCUCUGAAUCCGGGGCAGAUCAUUUUAAUGCUUGGCUAGAAUGAUUGAUUGAUCUCUCUCACACAUCUCUCUUUCUUUCACUCUCUGUCACUCUCUGUUAAUUUCCCAUCAUAAUUAUUAUCCAGGUACAGGAAGGAACAUAUUUUCUAAGAAAAGACGAUACUGUUGUCACUCUGCAUAAAUGCAAAUGUUUGUUUCCAUCAUGAAUAUUCACCGUGCUGUGCGGUGAUUGAGAGCCUUGGCUCCUGCCAGUCUGACAGUCUGACACGCCAGGCAGUACGUCAGGGCUGGGGACAGUGUCACAGAGAUGCUUGGCUGUGGGCUAAAAUCUUCCCUCCACUUGAGAAAUGAGUAAGACAAUGAACCUCUCCACUUGGCAAUCUGGAGGGCCCCUCUCAUCUCCCCUUCUCAUCUCCUCUCUUCUUUCUGUUCUGUUCUUUUUCCUCCCCUCGUUUCCUCUUCACACUUCUUGAAGAAGUAACUACUAAUCUCUCCCUCUGUUCUUCCUUUCUUCCUUUCGCACCUCUCUUCUUCUCCUUUCUCCCGUCCUCUCUUCUAUUCUUUCCCCCCCCCACUCUAGUUUCCUCUUCAUACUUCUUUCCUCAUCUCUCUGUGUGUGCUUCCAUCCUUCAUCCCUUCCCCUCUCCUCACCUGUCCUCUCCUUCGCCCAUCUUCUCCUGAUGAGUGUCUAUGGUCCACUACCCUACAUCCCUCAGUCAGUCAUUCAGCCAUUCAGUCAUUCAGUCAUUCAGUCAGUCAUUCAGUCAGUCAGUCAGUCAUUCAGUCAUUCAGUCAGUCAUUCAGUCAGUCAUUCAGUCAUUCAGUCAUUCAGUCAGUCAGUCAGUCAGUCAGUCAGUCAGUCAUUCAGUCAUUCAGUCAGUCAUUCAGUCCCAUCGUCAUCUGUUUGUCAUAGGCAUGUUCUUUUCUGUAAUUUCUUCUCUCCAGUGGGGGUCUAUUUAUGGACAGUCAGUAGUUAAUGGCAGACCGCAAUAACUAAGUAGGAUUUGGUGAUGCGUGUGCCUCAGGGUUUUACAGCAUUGUCCAACGAUGAUGAUUUCCUCCUGUAAUGCUCUGUUCUGUUGUUAUGACGACACUCAUUCAGUCUGGCAGAUAUUUAUGUUGCAGCAGGCGAAAUAUACAACAAAGGAUGUCUCGCUGCAAAAUAAAGAAGCAUCACGUUGUCUGUUUUAUUGUGUGUCUGGGCUGAACUUAAUCAUUUGGCUUUCCCAAGGCUUCCUCAUAAAGCUGUUUCUGACUUUAUGCUGAUAUACAUGUAUAGUAAGCUGAAUCAAUAAAUCAUGAAUCAUUACUAUCAGAAAUAGUAUGUCCUGAUGCAAGGUUUGAAAUGCAGGAGGAAAACAUGCAGCCUAAAGCUGUUCAGGAUGCAGCCAAGGUUAUCGCUGGCGAGGGUUGUAUUUUGUCAGAUGUCAGUGUACACUACAUUAUCAAAAGUAUGUGGACACCUGCUCGUCCAAAAUCAUGGGCAUUAAUAUGGAGUUGGUCCCCCCUUUGCUGCUAUAACAGCGGGGCCUUUCUUCCAUUCAGCCACAAGAGCAUUAGUGAGGUUGUGCACUGAUGUUGGGCGAUUAGGCCUGGCUCGCAGUCGGCAUUCCAAUUCAUCCCAAAUGUGUUCGAUGGGGUUGAGGUCAGGGCUCUGUGCAGGCCAGUCAAGUUCUUCCACACCGAUCUCGACAAACCAUUUCUGUAUGGACCUCACUUUGUGCACAGGGGAAUUGUCAUGCUGAAACAGGAAAGGGCCUUCCCCAAACUGUUGCCACAAAGUUGGAAGCACAGAAUCGUCUAGAAUGUCAUUGUAUGCUGUAGUGUUAAGAUUUAUCUUCACUGGAACUAAGGGGCCUAGCCCGAACCAUGAAAAACAGCCCCAGACCAUUAUUCCUCCUCCACCAAACUUUACAUUUGGCACUAUGCAUUCGGGCAGGUAGCGUUCUCCUGGCAUCCGCCAAACCCAGAUUCGUCCAUCGGACUGCCAGAUGGUGAAGCAUGAUUCAUCACUCCAGAGAACGCGUUUCCACUGCUCCAGAGUCCAAUGGCGGCGAGCUUUACACAACUCCAGCUGACACUUGGCAUUUCACAUGGUGAUCUUAGACUUGUUUGCGGCUGCUCGGCCACGGAAACCCAUUUCAUGACGCUCCCGACGAACAGUUCUUGUGCUGACGUUGCUUCCAGAGGCAAUUUGGAAUUCGGUAGCUACGCGCUUCAGCACUCUGCGAUCCCUUUCUGUGAGCUUGUGUGGCCUACCACUUCGCGGCUGAGCCGUUGUUGCUCCUAGACGUUUCCACUUCACAAUAACAGCAUUUACAGUUGACCGGUGCAGCUCUAGCAGGGCAGAAAUUUGACGGACUGACUUGUUGGAAAGGUGGCACUUUACGACAGUGCCACGUUGAAAGCCACUAAGCUCUUCAGUAAGGUCAUUCUACUGCCAAUGUUUGUGGAGAUUUCAUGGCUGUGUGCUCGAUUUUAUACACCUGUCAGCAACAGUGGCUGAAAUAGCCGAAUCCACUAAUUUGAAGGGGUGUCCACAUACUUUUGUAUAUGUAGUGUAUCUAUUAGGUGCUACCUUUUUAAGUCAUAGCCUUAAGUGCACUACGGAGACGUUAUAGAUGACCAGAGAAAGUGGUAUUGCCUCCAGAAUCAAUUCCCCUCUGUCAUCAUUGGUCAAACUAAAUGACUCAAGUUCUGCAGACAGAGACAGGAAAUGAGAAACAGCUGUGAGAAAAGAGAAAAUGAAUGUGGAGAAUGUUGUUGACGCCAGAGAGCAUCAUGGCGUGUCUAUUCUAGACAGGAGACAAUGCUCCUCAUCGUUCAAAAGAAAAGCAGGUGAAUUGAAAAUGGCUUGCCUUAAAGUCAGCAACAUGAGGAGGGCUCUCUCUCUCUCUCUCUCUCUCUCUCUCUCUCUCUCUCUCUCUCUCUCUCUCUCUCUCUCUCUCUCUCUCUCUCUCUCUCUCUCUCUCUUUCUGCCUUUGUUUCAUCCUGUGCUGAGUGAAUUGUAUUAGAUAGGUCCCGGUUAGCACUCCAUGGAGGGCCUGGGUGCAGCUUCAGCUUCUGCCUGAAAAUGAGAAGGUUUCCUCUUACACGUCUGACUCGCCUCUGCUUGUCAGCCGGUUCAGCCCUGCCCACCCGCCCGUCUGCCCCGGCUGGCUCCUGUAUCACUCAAUCAAUUUACAUUUUACUCAGCGGUUCACACACACUCACUGGGCCGGGCCGGGCCAGCAUCAUUAUUCACAUCAGCAACACUCAGCCGUGUGGAGAUGGAGAGAGUUUAGAUAGAAGUUUGGACUCUUCUACCAGCCACCUGGAUCUAUCAUAAAGUGUUCUUAAUGUCUACAAAAACAUACAACAAACUAUCUCAAGUCUACCCAUCCAGUCAAUGUUCCACAAUAUAAUAUUCCCUGAAUAUUCUCUCCUGCAGGACGCCCAUCAUCGCCGGAGGGCUGUUUGUGAUUGACAAGUCGUGGUUCAACCACCUGGGGAAGUAUGACACAGCCAUGGACAUCUGGGGCGGGGAGAACUUUGGUGAGUGAGUCAUCUGACUGGGCCGGAGCUGGGUUGAGGGGAUUGGCUAUUGUGUGUGCCAGUCUGUCAGCACUAGGAGCCUGCCUCUAUAGCUGACAAAAUUAUUUCUGUCUGCUCAAGGUUGCCUUCGCCUCGAGACCUUUUCUUACUAAAGCGGGACAGUUGAUUAAUUGUGUUGGAAGUCAUUACCACAGUCCCAAACCCCAAAAAGUGAUACUUUUUUAAAUCAAUCGAACCCUUUCCAUAUGAUGGGCUUCUAACACUUAUUGUAUAGUUGAAACAGCAAGAGUCAAGAAGACACAAAUAUUAAGCAGAAUUUUAUAUGACCAAUCAUUGUCCAGCAUAACAGCACACCACUGUGAAACAAGCUAGAGAGAGUGUAACAUUGCAGCUAUUCCAGUCCUAGCCAGACGCCCUUGGAGCAAUAGGUAGCGUGAGCACUUCUCUUCCCUGCUUCAUGCUUGCUCCUGUCAGGUACAUCUGCAGGCGAGUUGUGCACAGCAGCCAGGGCUAACCGAGGUAGUGGUGGGAAUGAUUCAUAGUUUAUUACAGUUUCUAAAAGGCCAGGAGGCUGACUAGCACUCUCCCAUGUAUCUCUGGCAGAAGGAUGCUGGGGUUCACAUAAUAGACAGACAGUUUCUCCUGACUGUACUGCUGCUGUUCAGAUCAAUAAAGAAAGGAGUAGAGACGAGUACAGUAAGACUGGAAUAGAAUACUCUCCUUCUUCCUCUUUCUCUCACUUUCUCUUCAUCUUCCCCAGUCUCUUCUAUUUCUCUCUCUCUCUCUCUCUCUCUCUCUCUCUCUCUCUCUCUCUCUCUCUCUCUCUCUCUCUCUCCUCCCCAGUCUCUUAUUUCUCUCUCUCAAUUCAAUUUCAAUUUCAAUUAAAGGGCUUUAUUGGCAUGGGAAACACAUGUUUACAUUGCCAAAGCAUGUGAAAUAGAUAAUAAACAAAAGUGAAAUAAACAAUUAAAAAUUAACAGUAAACAUUACACUCACAAAAGUUCCAAAAUAAGUGUUAUGAUGUGCAAAUAGUUAAAGUACAAAAAGGAAAAUAAAUAAACAUGACAAAAAAAAUACAUAGGUUGUAUUUACAUUUACAUGUUUAGUCAUUUAGCAGACACUCUUAUCCAGAGCGACUUACAGGAGCAAUUAGGGUUAAGUGCCUUGCUUAAGGGCACAUCGACAGAUUUUUCAUUUUUUGUGAGCAGUGUGCACAUAGCCUGUCUUCUCUUGAGAGCCAGGUCUACCUUCGGCGGCCUUUCUCAAUAGCAAGGCUAUGCUCACUGAGUCUGUACAUAGACAACGAUUUCCUUAGUUUUGGGUUAGUCACAGUGGUCAGGUAUUCUGCCACUGUGUACUCUCUGUUUAGGGCCAAAUAGCAUUCUAGUUUACUCUGUUUUUUUGUAAACUCUUUCCAAUUUGUCAAGUAAUUAUCUUUUUGUUUUCUCAUGAUUUGGUUGGGUCUAAUUGGGUUGCUGUCCUGGGGCUCUGUGGGGUCCAUCAAUUUGUAUAGCAGGCCCUCAUGCCAAAUUGAGUCAAAAGCUUUUUUGAAAUCAACAAAGCAUGAGAAGACUUUGCUGGGUGUGCAGGGUGAAUACGUGGUCUGUCGUACUGUAAUUUGGUAAAAAGCCAAUUUGACAUUUGCUCAGUACAUUGUUUUCACUGAGGAAAUGUACGAGUCUGCUGUUAAUAAUAAUGCAGAGGAUUUUCCCAAGGUUGUUGUUGACGUAUAUUCCACCGUAGUUAUUGUGGUCGAAUUUGUCUCCACUUUUGUGGAUUGGGGUGAUCAGUCCUUGGUUCCAAAUAUUGGGGAAUAUUAGUGGGUUCUGGUAGUCUUUAGUAGUUGAUUCUAAGAUUUGUAUUUGAUCAUGUAUAUGUUUUUGCUGUUUGUUCUUUGUUAUAUGGCCAAAAAGAUUGGAGAAGUGGUUUACCCAUACAUCUCCGUUUUGGAUAGAUAACUCUUCGUGUUGUUGUUUGUUUAGUGUUUUCCAAUUUUCCCAAAAGUGGUUAGAGUCUAUGGAAUCUUCCAUUACAUUGAGCUGAUUUCUGACGUGCUGUUCCUUCUUUUUCCGUAGUGUAUUUCUGUACUGUUUGAGUGAUUCACCAUAGUGAAGGCGUAGGCUCAGGUUUUCUGGGUCUCUAUGUUUUUGGUUGGAUAGGUUUCUCAAUUUCUAUCUUAGGUUUUUGAAUUCUUCAUUAAACCAUUUGUCAUUGUUGUUAAUUUUCUUCGGUUUUCUGUUUGAAAUUUGUAGAUUUGAUAGGGAAGCUGAGAGGUCAAAUAUACUGUUUAGAUUCUCUACUGCCAAGUUUACACCUUCACUAUUACAGUGAAAUGUUUUGUCCAGGAAAUUGUCUAGAAGGGAUUGAAUUUGUUGUUGCCUAAUUGUUUUUUGGUAGAUUUCAAAACUACUUUCCUUCCAUCUAUAGCAUUUCUUAAUACUAUUCAGUUCCUUUGGCUUUGAUGCCUCAUGAUUGAGUAUUGCUCUGUUCAAGUAGAUUGUGAUUUUGCUGUGAUCUGAUAGGGGUGUCAGUGGGCUGACUGUGAACACUCUAAGAGAAUUUGGGUUGAGGUCAGUGAUAAAGUAGUCUACAGUACUACUGCCAAGACAUGAGCUAAAUGUGUACCUACCUUAGGAGUCCCCUCGAAGCCUACCAUUGACUAUGUACAUACCCAGCGUCCGACAGAGAUGCAGGAGUUGUGACCCGAUUUUGUUGGUUAUGUUGUUGUAGUUGUGUCUAGGGGGGCAAAUGGGGGAGGGAAUGAUGUCACCUCCAGGUAGGUAUUUGUCCCCAUGUGUGCUGAGGGUGUCAGGUUCUUGUCCAGUUCUGGCAUUUAGGUCGCCACAGACUAGUACAUGUCCCUGGGCCUGGAAAUGGUUGAUCUCCCCCUCUAGGAUGGAGAAGCUGUCAUCUGUAAAGUAUGGGGAUACUAAUGGGGGGAUAUAGGUAGCUCACAUGAGGACAUUUUUCUCUGUUGAGCUCAUUUCCUUAUUAAUUUUUAGCCUAUUUUACUUAUCUCUCUCUCUCGCUCUCAUUCUCUUAUUAGUUCUAUCGCAUGAGAGCUCUUCUCAGCGCUUCGCUCUCAUCGCGCUCGGAUCGAGCAUCGAGAUGGAUCGGCAGCGAUGCCUUCAUUCUAUGAGUCUCGCGGCGGAUCUCGAGGAGCUUUUUCGUGCUCGCGAUCGGGAGACUCUCUCCUUAACACUCUGAUCGCUCUCUUUAGCAUCGAGCUCUCUCUCUCUCUCUCCUCUCUCUCCUCUCUCUUCUCUCUCUCUCUCGGUCUCUCUCUCUCACACACACACCACACACAACAACAUACACACAAUGUCUCUCUCCUUCUCCAUCUCCCUCACACCUCUCCCUUUGACACUUUGAAAUGUUGAAAAAGUUCAGAGGCUCAUUGGAAAUGUUUUGAGAAUGUUACUCCGAAAAAGGAAGCAUCAUUUUAUAGGCUGUGUUUGAGGCUACAAAACUUCAACUCUGUUGGAUGUCUAUACUGUAUUAGCCUGGGCUAAAUAAGACCAGGCCAUGGAGGGACAUGUUUAUUUACAUUCAUGUGGCUGGUGGUGCACUUCUAAAUGAGCAGAGGACACGGCAGAUUUAAACAUGAGAGUUUAAACCUGAGAUAUGAGGCAACAAGCAUGUUAUCAAAUAUUCAAGGCGUCAGAGUUGCCCCAUAUACAGAUGAUGAUGGGUAAUGUUUAUGGAUUGUAAUGGAACGAGAAACAAAAUAACUUCUUACCAGGAGUAUAUAUUCUAACCUGGUUUCACUUGUAGAUUUCCAAUAACACUUUGUAAUACUGUGUGUGUUCGAAUGUCAGCUCUCCUGUCCCUGCCUGUCCCUGCCUUAGGACUCUCUGUUGUCCUACUGAACCUCCUCUCACACAGAACUCAUACUGUCUACAAGCACUGCGCAUGCAAUACAGUGCUGCUCUUUGUGGGUCAUGGCUGUCCCCUGAGCUAUUCCAUGGGACAAUGGUAACUAAUGGUAGCUGUGUGUUGUGUGUGGUCUGUGUGUGUGUGUGUGUGUGUGUGUGUGUGUGUGUGUGUGUGUGUGUGUGUGUGUGUGUAGAGAUCUCGUUCCGGGUGUGGAUGUGUGGAGGGAGCCUGGAGAUUAUCCCCUGCAGCAGGGUCGGCCACGUUUUCCGCAAGAAACACCCCUACAUAUUCCCUGAGGGCAACGCCAACACAUACAUCAAGUAAGACCUGACUCCAUCUGUACUGUAUCUGCCUGCUCCAAAAUACAAAAACAACAACAUCCAGACCUACAUCUUAGUGUGUCUAUCUGCCUGCCUUCUCCAAAAUAACAAGGUAACCCACGACAACCAAAGUACUGCACUGUGACUGUACCACUCGAUACUGUAUGUGUUAUUGGGCUGAAUUCAUAUUGUUCAUGUGAGAUGCCUCUUACAGCUGGCCUCAAAAUAAAAAAAGCCAACCCAUGACAACCAAAAUAGGUGCUGCAUUGUAACACUUCAUAUGUACUACUGAAAUAUUUAGCUGUUUUUACAUUGUUCGUGUGAGAGGUAGGCCAAUAUUAGUGCAAUGCAACCCAAUAGUGGGAACAGAUUUGCAGCGAACGUGGUAAAUAUAAAUGAAAGAAAUUGCUGUAGUUUGCUCUUAAGCUUUGCCAAACAUUGUCUUUUGAAUGUAUUAUGUUAAGCUCUAUUGUCUCCUGCACUCUCCAUAUUAAGGAUUAGGAUCAUGUUCCUACUGUGUUUGACAGGGAUUUAGUCAGCUAAUUGUGUGUGUGCACAAAUUAUAUUAUUUAAUCUGAAAACUUUGUGAAACAUAUCGUCUUUUAUCAAAUGUUUAACUUUGACAUGAAUCUGAAUUGCUGCCCUUGGUUAACAAUGCAAUUAUCGACAGUUUUCUUUAUUUGUAUUUCUCAUUUGCAAUUAGCAUUCAGGAAAGUCACGGCAUGGUCUGACUAUGUAAAGCGAACAACACACUAUUUGAUUUGAUUACAGAGCAGUUUCAGAAAAUUUGUUGUUGUGUAAAAAUCACCCCUUGACUUGGCUGCAUCUCCUUUGACUGACUGGCAGUGUGUGUUCACUGUUGGUUCACUGAUUAGCUAUCUCUCUUUACUUACAACACAAAACACAUUAGAACACACAAUGAAUAAUUCAUUAAUCCUGUCAACAAAAUGUUUAUGUCUAACAUAGUUCAGCCGAGUUAAUGAAUAAUUGCUCCAAGUAUGAUGUUUGAUGGGGGGGGGGGGGGACAGUCUUCUAAUGGCAGCCGGAUGCUCAGCAUGCCCACUGAUAAUGAUGUGUAAUUUCUUCACCUGUUCUCUCCAUGUGCUCCGCUCUUAGCACAAUAUCACUGUCAUUUGUGUUACAAUACGUUACGCCCUUUUCUUUCUGCUUCUGCUCAGAACCCAGGCUGUUUAACAGUAGUGUUGAGUGUAAGGUGCAAAGGAGAGAUGUGAUGUGUGAACUUCAAAGGAAUAUAAAACAGCAGGGGGUACAAUAGGCCGAAAGUUUGUGUUGCUGCCUGUGAGGACCAAGGGGAUAGGAUAGGGCUGUAGACUAGUUUAAUUAGCUGUACAGGACAGUGCAUUCUGCUAGAGAUGCACUGGAAUGGACCCUUUAACGCUAGAAUCUGCAGUUGCUUCAUCAAUUUUUGGACUUAUUAAUUAAUUAUAUAUACCCAUUGAUUCUUGAAGUAUAUAACUUUUAAAUGCCUCAUGAGCUUAGUUCAACUGUCGUACCCCAUCAGAACCCAAAAUAUAAGCUUGUUUUACUCCAAUGUUUGUAAACAACGUAAAACCAUAAUUUUGUUAUAAUGGAUGAAUAGUCCUUGCAUCCAUAGCUCGGUGUAGGAAUUUGAGAGUGGUUACAGUGCCUUGCGAAAGUAUUCACCCCCCUUGGCAUUUUUCCUAUUUUGUUGCCUUACAACCUGGAAUUGGGGGUUUGUAUCAUUUGAUUUACACAACAUGCCUACGACUUUAGAGACUUUAGAGAUAAGACAAAAAAACAGAACUAUUCACCCCCCCCCCCCCCCCCCCCCCCCCCCCCCCCCCCCCCCCCCCCCCCCAAAGUCAAUACUUUGUAGAGCCACCUUUUGCAGCAAUUACAGCUGCAAGUCUCUUGGGGUAUGUCUCUAUAAGCUUGGCACAUCUAGCCACUGGGAGUUUUGCCCAUUCUUCAAGGCAAAACUGCUCCAGCUCCUUCAAGUUGGAUGGGUUCCACUGGUGUACAGCAAUCUUUAAGUCAUACCACAGAUUCUCAAUUGGAUUGAGGUCUGGGCUUUGACUAGGCCAUUCCAAGACAUUUAAAUGUUUCCCCUUAAACCACUUGAGUGUUGCUUUAGCAGUAUGCUUAGGGUCAUUGUCCUGCUUGAAGGUGAACCUCCAUCCCAGUCUCAAAUCUCUGGAAGACUGAAACAGGUUUCCCUCAAGAAUUUCCCUGUAUGUAGCGCCACCCAUCAUUCCUUCAAUUCUGACCAGUUUCCCAGUCCCUUCUGAUGAAAAACAUCCCCACAGCAUGAUGCUGCCACCACCAUGCUUCACUGUGGGGAUGGUGUUCUCGGGGUGAUGAGAGGUGUUGGGUUUGCGCCAGACAUAGCGUUUUCCAUGAUGGCCAAAAAGCUCAAUUUUAGUCUCAUCUGACCAGAGUACCUUCUUCCAAAUGUUUGGGGAGUCUCCCACAUGGCAUUUGGUGAACACCAAACGUGUUUGCUUAUUUUUUCCUUUAAGUAAUGGGUUUUUUUCUGGCCACUCUUCCGUAAAGCCCAGCUCUGUGGCGUAUACGGCUUGAAGUGGUCCUAUGGACAGAUACUCCAAUCUCCGCUGUGGAGCUUUGCAGCUCCUUCAGGGUUAUCUUUGGUUUCUUUGUUGCCUCUCUGAUUAAUGCCCUCCCUGCCUGGUCUGUGAGUUUUGGUGGGCGGCCCUCUCUUGGCAGGUUUGUUGUGGUGCCAUAUUCUUUCCAAUUUUUUAAUAAUGGAUUUAAUGGUGCUCCGUGGGAUGUUAAAAGUUUCAGAUAUAUUUUUUUAUAACCCAAUCCUGAUCUGUACUUCUACACAACUUUGUCCCUGACCUGUUUGGAGAGCUCCUUCAUCUUCUAGGUGCCGCUUGCUUGGUGGUGCCCUUUGCUUAGUUGUGUUGCAGACUCUGGGGACUUUCAGAACAGCGCCCCAGAGUCUGAGACACUUAGAUUGCACACAGGUGGACUUUAUUUAACUAAUUAUGUGACUUCUGAAGGUAAUUGGUUGCACCAGAUCUUAUUUAGGGGCUUCAUAGCAAAGGGGGUGAAUACAUACUGUAUGCACGCACCACUUGUAUUUAUUUUUUUGAAUUUUUUGAAACAAGUUAUUUUUUUCAUUUCACUUCACCAAUUUAAUCUAUUUUGUGUAUGUCCAUUACAUGAAAUCCAAAUAAAAAUAUAUUUAAAUUACAGGUUGUAAUGCAACAAAAUUGGAAAAACGCCAAGGGGGAUGAAUACAUUUGCAAGGCGCUGUACAUUUCUCCACACUCAUCCCUCAUCUCUAUACUAAAACAGAGGCGGAAAGUCAUCUAGCUUUAAAAGUGUACUAGAAUGUUUAUUUAUCCACUUCAGUCGCUGUUCCAUUGACCAAUCCCAUAAUUUCAUGAAACGCUUCACCUAUGAAUUUGUAUUCAGGCCAGGGAGGCACUCAGACUUUAAUGUCUGGGUGUAGCAGGUCCACGAGAGGAACCAGGAUGGUGUGUUUGGGUCUGAGGAUUAUGGAAUUCUCAAUUACGUAUUUGCCCUCAUUUUAAUAUGCAAACUUUAAUGAAAUGGAACUAGGAUGGUAAUAAGGCCCACAACAUUCAGUGAAAACUGUGAGCUAGACAUAAGGAAUAUGAUACAGUAUACUUAACUCUCAGGAGUACAUCUAUUAUUUUGCUGCUGAUCUUUAGCAAGCGAGAUAGUGAAUUUUCUUGGAAUGUGUUUGAGACCAAUGUGCGAGGGCUGGCUUGGCUUCUGGUUAUUUUGGUCACAUACGCGCUAGGCCUUUUCACACCGGCAGUCUGGCCCACCCCGGAGUAAAGUGGUCUAAUGUAAAACGCCUACUGAAUCCUACUGUGUGAUCUACUGGCUGUGUUGCAGGAACACCAGACGCACAGCGGAGGUGUGGAUGGACGAGUUCAGACUCUUCUACUACUCUGCUCGCCCUGCAGCACGGGGCAAGUCCUAUGGAGAGUGAGUGACACAUCACCAUACACUUCUACACAGCAUACACUUCUACACAACAUACACUUCUACACAACAUACACUUCUACACAACAUACACUUCUACAUAACAUACACUUCUACUGCUAUAUUUUCUAUACUAUAGAGGGCUGAUAAAGAUAAAUAUUAGAGAACACAUACAUUGCAUCUGGUUUAGCAAGAUUAACGAGGUAGACUGUUCAGUUCAAGCAAUAUCAUUCAGGUUAUUUAAAGAGAGUGUUUUUGGUUGCCCUGCAUUACACAUUGGAGCAAUGUGCUUGCCUGUGUAUAAGUGUGUAGCACUGCCUUUUCUCUGAUAAGAGCAGGGCAGUAUUAUAAAAAGGUUCCUCUCUCUAAUAUUAAUUUCCAUCUCUCUCUAUUAUCAGCAUUCAUGGCAGAGAAGAGCUCCGCAAGAUUCUCAAGUGCAAAUCCUUCAAGUGGUAUCUGGACAACGUCUACCCAGAGCUCAAGUGAGUGUGUGCGGCUGGCCACUCACACACAUCCCAUUAUGGUUCAUUCAGAAUAGAUUAAUUAUUAUUUUUUAUAUUCAGGCCUCUCUUUUUUUGUCCCCUGAUUGCUCUGUCCCCCUGGCAUUGGCUUCAAAAGCCAGGCUUGCAGCUCAAUCUGACUGAUACAACAACAGCCAGGCGUGAUGGAGUUUAGGUUAAUCCCAUGGACUGAAAUUAACAAUGUGGACUCAGGGGAGAGAGGUCUGACCUUUAGAUGACUUGGAACCACCGUUAAUUGCAUACUAAGAAAAAAAGACUGUAAAACGAUCGUUGAAGAAAAAGGUGAAUCGAGAGAAAGUUUAUAUAGGGAGAACAAGUCCCAGUGAAAGGACAGUAGUGAGGAAGAGUAUAGACAGAGAAUGUUAAAGAGACAUACAAGAGAUAGAGAGUGAGAUACAGAGAGAAGUACAGUCGUAGGCUAUUACAAAACACUUGCAGAGCACGCAGAGGAUAUAAGGGAUAUGAGUAUCGUUAACUAUGGUGGGGGGGGGGGGGGGGGGGGUGAUGGAUUCACUGCUGCUGGUUCCAGGUUCCUGUUUGCUGACUAAGUGAAUGAGCUGGGCUGUAAAGCUUCCACAAACCCACACUGGCAGCAGACCACAUUACUUACCUCACACACACACAAACACACACACACAGCCCCCCUCCCCAAAGCCGUAGGUUCUGCCUACCUCUGAUAAAUGGCUCUGUCAUGUGAACAGCUAUUUCUUCCUGUACAUUUGAUUAUUUAUUGUAAUUCAGUUCAGACAUUGUCUGAGGAAGCGUUAAUGCCAGGCCAUGGAACAUGACACACUAGCCUCAAUUUUAAUCACUAUAAUAAAUAGUUAUUUAUGUGCAUGUAAAAACGCCACCAUGAAUCUAUCCCAGGCGUGAGUAUCAACACAUUACAUUCAGAGAUGAUACAUCUGCCUCGUAUUCUGCAUUGUGGAAUAUACUCUAAAUCAAGAAAAUACAUUUAUAAAAUGUGUGUUGUGUAUUUUCAGAGUGCCGGAUGAUUCGGACUCUAAGUCGGGGGUGAUUCGUCAAAGACAGAAUUGUCUGGAGUCACGGAAGCUGGAGGGACAGGACCUCCCAUCUCUCACACUGGCACCCUGCAUUGGGACCAAAUCUGUGCCAGCACUCAACCAGGUACGGCCUACACUCAACAUUCAAACAGCCAAGACUCAAUAGGCAGAAUCAACAGUCUAUCAAUGGCCCGCUCAAGACUCUAAACUGAGAGCUACGGGUCAAUCCAGCUUCAGCACACACUGACAGAGAGCUAUAUCCCAGACCAGACUCAAUACCCACAAAGAAUACAGAGAGCUAAAGUCUAGUCCAGAGUCAUUACUACUCUAUUACUAAUGCCUGGUUAAAGGGCUGUUCUGCACACCAAUCCAGCAGCUUCAACACUCACUGACAGAGAGGUACUAUGUAACCCAGGCUGCUGUCUCCAUGCCCUGUCAGAAAGUAUCUGUCCUCAUUAGCCUCUCCAGCACACACACUGUGUUAAAACAAACAUGGGCUAAGCCUCUCUCCCCGUCCAUCCAUACUGCUCCUGUCAUGUUUUCUUUCCGUCUCUAUACAAUUCGAGCAGACAAGCAUCAUCUUGCACUUGUGGAAUUCAGCCUGAGCUGCUCCCACUCUGACAGUCUCACACACUGGCUCGCUAACACACCUCGAUCUCUCUCUACCUCUUUCUCUUUCUCUACCUUCCCCACCCCUCUCACUCUAUCUUUUUCUACCUCUUCCUCUUUCUCCACUUCUCCUUUCCUUCUUCCUCCCUAUCAAUCUUUCUUGUAUUAGUUUUUCUCCCACUCUGUCUAUAUGCCUCUCCUUUCUCUCUUUCUUUACCCUCUCUCUCUCUCUGUCUCUCUCUCUCUCUCUCUCUCUCGUUCUACCUGAUGUCAGUGCCACCAGCAAGCAGACCUGCCCGAGUGCUCAACGCCUCUCCGCCUCCACAGACAAUUCCCAAGCACUUGUUCUGCAGAUAGGAUCAUUCUCACCGCCGUGACCGGCUGUCACAGCACCUCCCUGUACACGUAUCUCUGUCUCUCACGUACACACACAUACACACAAACACAUACACACAAACACACACACACACACUUUGUCUAAGACCAAGUGUUAGCUGUUGAUGGGUCAUUAGUUUAUGUAAAUCAGAUGAUAUCAUAGAGAUUUGUGUUAUGCAGAAGGAAAGAAAGGCUGGUCAGACUUGUUUUGGUCGGGAGGAGUGUGUUUUUUUUUCUCUCCGAAAUAAUUUCCCUAGGAAGCACAUGAUGCUUUAUUUGGCUUUAAUUCAGCGCUGAAACAUGCUAAAACAGGCUACUGUAUAAUUAUUGUGUCAGCAUUCAUUUAGACUAGACCUAUUAUGCUUCUGCAGUAUAGUAGCCCAACGGUUGUGUGUUAUUAUUCCAGUGUAUAAGAAUAGCAGAAGUGUCUAGGUCUAGGUAGGACACUCAAAGUAGAUUCAGUAUGAGACUGGCCACAGCUGUUCGUUAUGGUCCGGGCUGGUGGUUCUCAGGUGUUCUGAUAAAAGUAGACAGAGAUUCAGCCAAAAACACAGCAGCUGCCAAUAUGGAAGACUGGAUUGAUGUUCUUACUCAGACUUUAUCCAACCAGCCUGUCUGUGCUCUAUUAUAUAGCCUCUAUCAAUCAAUCAAAUGUAUUUAUAGAGCCCUUUUUACAUCAGCAGAUGCCACAAAGUGCUUAUACAGAAACCAAGCCUAAAACCCCAAAGAGCAGCAAUGCAGAUGUAGAAGCACAAUGGCUAGGACAAACUCCCUAGAAAGGCAGAGAGGAACCAGGCUCUGAGGGGUGGCCAAUCCUCUUCUGGCUGUGCCAGUGGAGAUUAUAAGAGUACAUGGUCAUUAAGGCUAGAUGAUUCUUCAAGAUGUUCAAACGUUCAUAGGUGACCAGCAGGGUCAAAUAAUAAUCACAGUGGUUACAGAGGGUGCAACAGGUCAGCACUUCAGGAGUAAAUGUCAGUUGGCUUUUCAUAGCCGAGCAUGUACAGUCGUGGUCAAAAGUUUUGAGAAUGACAUAAUUAUUGGUCUUCACAAAGUUUGCUGCUUCAGUGUUUUUAGAUAUUUUUGUGAGAUGUUACUUUGGUAUACUGAAGUAUAAUUACAAGCAUUCCAUAAGUGUAAAAGGCUUUUAUUGACAAUUACAUUAAGUUUAUGCAAAGAGUCAAUAUUUGCAGUGUUGACCCUUCUUUUUUAAGACCUCUGCAAUCCGCCCUGGCAUGCUGUCAAUUAACUUCUGGGCCACAUCCUGACUGAUGGCAGCCCAUUCUUGCAUAAUCAAUGCUUGGAGUUUGUCAGAAUUUGUGGGUUUUUGUUUGUCUACCCGCCUCUUGAGGAUUGACCACAAAUUCUAAAAUGGGAUUAAGGUCUGGGGAGUUUCCUGGCCAUGGACCCAAAAUGUCGAUGUUUUGUUCCCCGAGCCACUUAGUUAUCACUUUUGCCUUAUGGCAAGGUGCUCCAUCAUGCUGGAAAAGGCAUUGUUCGUCAUCAAACUGUUCUUGGAUGGUUGGGAGAAGUUGCUCUCGGAGGAUGUGUUGGUACCAUUCUUUGUUCAUGGCUGUGUUCUUAGGCAAAAUUGUGAGUGAGCCCACUCCCUUGGCUGAGAAGCAACCCCACACAUGAAUGGUCUCAGGAUACUUUACUGUUGGCAUGACACAGGACUGAUGGUAGCGCUCACCUUGUCUUCUCAGGACAAGCUUUUUUCCGGAUGCACCAAACAAUCGGAAAGGGGAUUCAUCAGAGAAAAUGACUUUACCCCAGUCCUCAGCAGUCCAAACCCCUUACCUUUUGCAGAAUAUCAGUCUGUCCCUGAUGUUUUUCCUGUAGAGAAGUGGCUUCCUCGCUGCCCUUCUUGACACCAGGCCAUCCUCCAAAAGUAUUUGUCUCACUGUGCGUGCAGAUGCACUCACAACUGCCUGCUGCCAUUCCUAAGCAAGCUCUGCACUGGUGAUGCCCCGAUCCCGCAGCUGAAUCAACUUUAGGAGACGGUCCUGGCGCUUGCUGGACUUUCUUGGGCGCCCUGACGCCUUCUUCUCAACAAUUGAACCUCUCUCCUUGAAGUUCUUGAUGAUCCGAUAAAUGGUUGAUUUAGGUGCAAUCUUACUAGCAGCAAUAUCCUUGCCUGUGAAGCCCUUUUUGUGCAAAGCGAUGAUGACGGCACGGGUUUCCUUGCAGGUAACCAUGGUUAACAGAGGAAGAACAAUGAUUUCAAGCACCACCCUCCUUUUAAAGCUUCCAGUCUGUUGUUCUAACUCAAUCAGCAUGACAGAGUGAUCUCCAGCCUUGUCCUCGUCAACACUCUCACCUGUGUUAAUGAGAGAAUCACUGACAUGAUGGCAGCUGGUCCUUUUGUGGCAGGGCUGAAAUGCAGUGGAAAUGUUUUUUUUUGUGAUUAAGUUCAUUUUCAUGGCAAAGAGGGACUUUGCAAUUAAUUGCAAUUCAUCUGAUCACUCUUCAUAACAUUCUGGAGUAUAUGCAAAUUGCCAUCAUAAAAACUGAGGCAGCAAACUCUGUGAAAAUUAAUAUUUGUGUCAUUCUCAAAACUUUUGACCACGACUGUAGAGGUAGAGGUAGAGGUAGAGGUAGAGGUAGAGGUAGAGGUAGAGAGAGAGAGUCGAAAUGAAACGAAACAGCAGGCCCGGUAGAAGGUGAACAGGUCAGGGUUCCACAGCCGCAGGCAGAACAGCAGAAACUGGAUCAGCAGCACGACCAGGUCGACUGGGGACAGACAGGAGUCGUCAGGCCAGGUAGUCCUGAGGCAUGGUGCUAGGGCUCAUGUCCUCCGGGAGGGGAGAGAGAGCGAGCGAGAGAGGUGGGAGAAUUAGAGGGAGCAUACUUAAGAUCACAUGGAUGAAUCUAGUUGUCUACCCCUGCUCUAAAAGCACACUGUCUGUCUCAUAAAGCAGCACACAGCUCCCCUAGACUUGGAGCCACUUAGAUUAACAUUACAGUAAAUGAACAUUGGCGUGCCACAACGGACAUCGUAAAAAGCUGUGCCAUUACUGCAGGGUAAUUAGAUUUAAUACAGAGCACAUUUUCACAGUGCAGUUUAUCCUAUUAAGCAGUGAUAUGUGCAUGCCCUCUGCCUUCCGACCUGUUAAUCUGCUAGCAGGCCUCGUCUCCACCCACCUGCCUUUUAAUACACAAAACCCAUCUGGGCCUGGUUAUUACAGCCCUCUGCUCUCAACCCAGAGACAGGCCUACUGUGCUGGCCUGGCCUCCUGGUGUCACUUCCACAGAGAUACACUGAGAUACACAUACCUCCCACACUGCCCUCUGACAUGGCUGCUGUCACUUGUGCGCACAUUGCCACAAAUAAUGUGCCCACACACACACACACACACACACAACACACACACACACACAACACACACUGGGCCCUAUCCUCUGUGAUGUGUUUCCAGGUGAUGUGAUUCUUAUUGCAGCAAGGUUGUAAUGUAACUGCUGCAGGGUAAAAGGAUGACUAAUGAUCCAUGUGGACCAGCUCUUACGAUGAACAUGGCAUAUACACUACAAUAUUGGGCUGUAUUCUCAAGGCAGAAGAGAGUUUUUCAUAUCAAAUGGGGUGUAAAAUAGCAUGUCAACAUUUCAUGCUAAUGUAGGCCUAUUUGCUAUGCACCACAUUUUCUUAUUCAAGUUUAGGCUACAAAAAAGAGCCUUAAAAAUCAUGAAAUCCUAGCUGUGAUAUUGUAUCUUGUUAGUAUAGGCUACUGUAGAGCUUGUUAUGGUGUGUUGCUGGGAGAAUGGAUGGGACUUGGUUUUUGUGUGACCUUUUUUGUGCCUGCCUAUCCUUGGGGAAUUAAAACCCUUGGAAAUGUGUUUCACACAGACUGACUGAAUGUAAUGCUAACUCCUCUGACUGCUCCCAUAGAGCUAGCUCCUUUUUUUCUAAGAGUGUAUCUAGAACCUAAAGGGGUUCUUCGGCUGUCCCCAUACGAGAACCCUUUGAAUAACCCUUUUUGUUUCCACAUAGAACCCUUUUGGCUUCCAUGUAGAACCCUCUGUGGAAAGGGUCCUACAUGGAAGCCAAAAGGGUUCUAUGUGGAACCAAAAAGGGUUCUCCUAUGGGGACAGCCAACCCUUUUUCUAAGAGUGUAGAUAGAGGACUCUAGUGUCCAAAAGCCUGUUUUAUCAUGGGCAGUGCCAUUGAGGACUUUCACAAUUUUUAAGUAGUCAACUGGGUGGUGGGACGUCCUAUGGCUUAGGGAAGGAUCGCAUAAUUCCAUCCAGGUCACCUAGGAGGGAUUAGCCAAGGAAUUAUACUCAUGAGGAAACAUUCCGUAACUG